GAUGUUGAGCAAAGCGAUACGAUGGCUGGGGUUCUUCGCAGUCCUGAUAGCUACGGGGGCCAACUGGGAAGCAGACCCCCUCUGCCCUGCCAGGUACAAACUCAACUGCCUACUCCGUCGACGUCUGGGCUGCGGGCCUGAUGGAGCGCCCAGCUGUGGCCCUUGCUUCCCCAAUUAUGAGGAGGACUCUGGUGGCGACUGUGUGCCAAAGAAGGUCCCUAAGCAAGAAAGCAAAACAAAAACCCAGAAGAGGCCCAAAGACUUGCCUGGACUCAUCCGUUCCCUCCUGGCCAAGCACGAGAAGGGGUUGCAACCACCCAGCAUAGAGACCCCCCUGCCUGGUAUGACUGAGAUGUUUGAGCCACCCAACUCUCCCACCCCCUUCCCCUCCCUCACCCCUUUCCCCACCUCUGUCCCCACAAACGUCUCCUAUUCUGCAAGCAGCAGCCCAGUUCCCUCACAGUUGUACGAAGGCACUCCGUUCUCGGCCGCCACAGUCCCAGGGAGAGUGAAAGUGGAUUUCAAGCAAAGGUCCCGGCCCCCAGCUACUAGUCUGAACAAAGCGGUGACCCUCACUCUUGUGGUGAUGUGCACAGUGACUGGCGUCUCCGGGCUAGUGGUUGCUGCCAUUUGCUGGUACAGGCUACAGAAAGAGGUUCGCUUGGCUCAGAAGAUGGCAUACACAGCCCCACGAGGGAGCCAGUACCGAUACCAUCAGCCCAGUGCAUACAUGGACUCUAGACUAGCUGAAUCUUGCCAGGUGCACCACUAUCAACAUCAGAAGAAACUGCUCACCGGAGAGGAUAGAGAAUCCCCGAAACCUGAAGUACAACUCUCCACAGAGUCAGAGACUGAAAAUGGAGAUUACACCGUGUUCGAGUGUCCAGGACUGGCACCGAGCGGAGAGAUGGAGAUCCACAACCCUCUCUUCGAUACCUCCACCCUACACCGAUGUCCUCCCUAA